AUGUCAAGACGGUUCUACUGCGUAAGUAGCGCACUUGGUAUCUAUCCACCGGAAAAAUACAUGUUCAUGGUUCUAAUGUCAAGUUAUGGAAUAAUGGCUACUUUGAGUCAAUGGAUUUGGUGUUGGAAAGCUGGAGUUCAAAUAAGAAAAAUGAGAAGAUCCAUAAUACUUCAUUUUCUACGUGUAGUUGUUGCGGUAUUUAUGACGAUAGCUGGGAUGUGUAUAGUCGGACUUUCUUUUAUUAACACAAAAGAAAACAACGCUAAACAUUAUCAUUUGACUUUAUUGAAUUUUAUUUGUCAUGUUAUUGCAAUUCCUUGUGGAGCAGUUGUAAUCGCCUGUAUUUCAAACAAAUGGAUAUUAUAUUGUUUUGCAAGACUAUUUAUUGUUAUUCAAAUGGUACUGGCAUCUGCUUCAUUUGUACAUUUCAAUAUGAUUGGACUUAAAGUUUUAAAAGCGAAAGAUUUCUUCUAUAUCAAACCUUAUGAAUCGGGUUAUAUUGAAUUUGUAUGGAGUGCAGUAAGCGAAUGGUGCGUUGUUUUGGGUUGUGCAGAAUUAACAUUUAUUAUAGCUUUGGAACUUCGAGAUUUUCAAAAAUCGGUUAUGAAUUUACAAAGAAGUUCCAAUUUAAAUGUGUAG